CUCGACUCAGUUCGAUACUCUUUCGUCUAGUCUCCUAGGACCCAGGUUCCAUAACCCAACAUUGGUGCUCUCAUUGAGAGUGUCGGACACAUCAAGCGUGCUCCAAGAAUGGCUAGAUCAAGAAGAGUGACCACGUCAUCCGCCGCCAACGCCGGUGGCGGCCUCCGGAUGACCUUCACAACGCCAAUCGGCGCGUGUCAAGACGAUCUGGACGUCAGCAUUAACGACGUUACUAGCCAAAACACCACUGACCUCCGUCAUCGCAUUCCUAGGCGGCGAGCGGCGAACGUUGGAGGAUCUCAAGAACCCACCCAACAGGUGCCGGUUCAGAGCGCCGGCGUACUGACCCAGCCCCCUAAUGGACUCGUACGUAAGGGAGGCAUGGUGCUGCCUAGUGACUUCAGCUCACCACUUUUCCAAUUCGAUGAGACCUCUGGCGUGAGGGCUCCUGGCGUGGACCCUAGUGGGUUUUGGGCAAUGAUGAGGGCGAUGAUAUUCAACCAGCCCAUGACUGGCUUCCAAGUAUCGAUCUCAGUGCCACAGCCAACGUUCCAGCCUGAGGGACGCCGCGAGGGCCUGCAAAACGUUGCGGAAAACACGAAGCUUUUUGCCCACCAUUUGAAAGGUUUGAUGACAGACUCCCGUCUGGGUCCUUUGACGGGAGAGCACGACAAGAAAGAGUCGAGCUGUUCCAAGCAGCGGGACAACGGUAAGGUCCUAGAACGACGGGUGAACAAGAAGCAAACCAGCCGUCGAGAUAGGGACACGGCGAGUAAGCACCGUGAACCCCUGAAGGUAGGACAAGAUGAAAGCGAGUCACAUGUAUCCAUGUUUAGCCGGAUGUGGGUGCCGGCAACGGACAGAUUGCAUGGCCGACGGAAUGCUUUCACACAAGAUGGGGCGGGGAAGACACAGAUGCUUUGUGAAGAACGGUGUGAACGUCACCGAGAAGCUCAGCCCGACAGAAUUGUUACAAAUAUACAAAUUAGUUAUUAUCCCAUUGUUUAAUCCUACUCCUUAAAUUGUCGUAAGUGUGUGACCCGUAUAGGCCCUUAUAAAGCUGGCCAUAUUAUUGGCUCUGCACCAAUACUAUAAACAAUAAGUGGUAUCUAGCAACACAUUAUUGCCCCUAGAUUAUAAGUUAAGACGUUUGCACCGUCAAAACCUUUCCACGACUCAAACUCCGUGUAACUGUAUCCCUUUGUCUCAAUGUCUAGACUUAAUGCAAGGGAUUAAUAAAAUCCAACUUGUAUC